AUGCUCCGCUCUGAUUGGACGGCUGCUUCCUGCUCCAAACAUGCUGAUCUGAAAACAGGUCUGGUGAAGCUGGGAAUCCACUGUGUCACGUGUCAGAAAGUCGCCAUAAAGAUUGUCAACAGAGAAAAGCUCAGCGAGUCGGUGCUCAUGAAGGUGGAGCGGGAGAUAGCCAUCCUGAAACUCAUAGAGCAUCCUCACGUCUUAAAGCUGCACGACGUCUACGAAAACAAGAAAUACCUGUAUCUGGUGCUAGAGCAUGUAUCUGGAGGCGAGCUGUUCGACUACCUGGUGAAGAAGGGAAGGUUAACACCCAAAGAGGCCAGAAAGUUCUUCAGACAGAUCAUCUCAGCCCUGGACUUCUGCCACAGCCACUCCAUAUGCCACAGAGAUUUGAAGCCCGAGAACUUGUUGCUGGACGAGAAGAACAACAUCAGGAUAGCAGACUUCGGCAUGGCGUCUCUGCAGGUCGGGGACAGUCUGCUGGAGACCAGCUGUGGAUCUCCGCACUACGCCUGCCCAGAGGUUAUCAGGGGGGAGAAGUAUGACGGGAGGAAAGCAGAUGCAUGGAGCUGUGGUGUCAUCCUGUUUGCACUUUUAGUGGGCGCCUUGCCCUUCGACGAUGACAACCUGAGGAACCUGCUGGAGAAGGUGAAGCUGGGCGUUUUCCACAUGCCACACUUCAUCCCUCCGGACUGUCAGAACCUCCUGCGGGGGAUGAUCGAGGUGGACGCCACCAAGAGGCUGACGUUAGAGCAGAUCCAGAAGCAUACGUGGUACCUAGCCGGAAAGAACGAGCCGGAGCCGGAGCAGCCCGUCCCCAGGAAGGUGGCCAUCAGGACGCUGGCUGCAGCCGAGGAGAUCGACCCGGACGUCCUGGAGAGCAUGCACUCUCUGGGCUGCUUCAGAGACAAGGAGAAACUGACCAAAGACCUGCUGUCUGAGGAGGAAAACCAGGAGAAGAUGAUCUACUUCCUGCUGCUGGACCGUAAGGAGAGGUAUCCGAGCCACGAGGACCAGAACCUGCCGCCACGCAACGAGAUCGCAGACCCUCCCAGGAAGCGAGUGGACUCGCCCAUGCUCAGCCGUCACGGUAAGAGGAGACCGGAGAGGAAGUCCAUGGAGGUGCUGAGCGUCACCGAGGGAGGGUCGCCUGUUCCUGUGAGACGAGCCAUCGACAUGGCGACGCACGGUCAGAGCAAAUCUGUUUUCAGUAAAAGCUUGGAUAUCACAAACGCUAACUGCAGCAAGGAAGAAAGGUCGCGGUCGAUCAGCGGAGCGUCCUCCGGCCUGUCCACCAGUCCCCUCAGCAGCCCCAGGCCCAACAGGCGGUUUUUCAUCCCGCCCCAGUCCCCUGACCUGUGUCAGUCCCCCAACUGCAGCCCCACCCACUCACACGAGGUCCGCCUUAACGGGGUGGGGCCCCGGACUCCCAACUCCUAUCAGCCAAAGAUGGGGUCCCCCCUCAUGCACCCACGCACCCAGACUCUCCCCGCCAAGCCAAAAGUGUCAGAGAAACCCCUUCAGACCACCAGAUCCAACCCCCUCCCCAACACUGCCCAGACCCCCUCCACCCCCAAAUCUGAGCCCUCCACACCCAGCAACCCUCUGGCCCCGUGCAUCCCCAACAGCCCCCGGGUGAGGCGCCACCCUCCCCUCACCGUCCCCCCUAAACUGUCCAUCCCCCUCUCCCCGGUGCCUCCUAUGUCCCCCCGCCGCCGGCACCACCUCCACCCUGACCACAACGGCAAAUCUGUCCCCAUCACACAGGUGACCCCCCACCCCUCCCCCAGAGGGAGUCCUCUCCCCACCCCUAAAGGAACCCCGGUGCACACGCCCAAGGACAGCCCGGCUGGAACCCCCAGCCCCACGCCGCCGCCCAGCCCCUCCAUCGGGGGGAUGCCGUGGAGGACACGCCUCAACUCCAUCAAGAACAGCUUCCUGGGCUCGCCACGCUUCCACCGCAGGAAAAUGCAAGGUAGGAGUAUGAGCAUGAGGAGGAGGAGGAGGAGGAGGAGGAGGAGGAGGGAUGUGUAG